AUGGCGGCCGCUGCCAGUAAUCAGGCAGCCUACACAACAGGCGCACAACUUCAGCUUACUCAGCCGCAAGGACAUACCGGGCAGACAGUCACUGUGCAUGUACCUUUACAGACUCUACAACAGCAUCAGCAACUAGGUCAGGCAACACAAAUGAUCCAAGUGCAGACGGCAGCGGCAACAGCUGCUGUAGCCGGCCAGUCUUUAAACAGUAGGAUUGUUUUUGUUCCCUAA